CGGAGAGAAGGAAGAUGGCGGCGGCGUGCGGUGGGCUCCGGCUGCGGCGGUGGCGGCGCCCCGGAGGGAUGGUGGCGGCAGCCGUGGCCGUGCUGGCGGCGGCCCUGCUCCCCUGGGCCCACGCCGCAGCCGCUGGCGGCGGUGGGUCCCGCACGCUGGUGCUGCUGGAGAAUAUGAACCUGAAGGACACGCACUCGCUCUUCAUGCGCAGCCUGGCAGACCGGGGCUUUGAUCUAACCUUCAGGACUGCUGAUGACCCAGGACUGUCUCUCAUUAAAUAUGGAGAGUUCCUGUACGAUAAUCUCAUCAUAUUUUCUCCAUCUGUAGAAGAUUUUGGAGGCAACAUCAAUGUCGAGACGAUUGCUGCUUUCAUCGAUGGAGGGGGAAGCGUCCUGGUGGCGGCCAGCUCAGAUAUAGGUGACCCGAUCCGAGAGCUGGGUAGCGAAUGCGGAAUCGAGUUUGACGAAGAGAAGACAGCCGUCCUUGACCACCACAACUAUGAUGCCUCGGACCUGGGCCAGCACACGCUCAUCGUGGCGGAGUCUGAGAAUCUCCUGAAGGCGCCCACCAUUGUGGGGAAGAAGCCGCUGAACCCCAUACUCUUCAGGGGGGUCGGGAUGGUGGCUGACCCUGACAAUCCUCUCGUCCUGGAUAUCUUGACGGGCUCCUCUACGUCUUACUCCUUCUUUCCUGAUAAACCCAUCACACAGUACCCUCACGCUGUUGGAAAGAACACGCUCCUGAUCGCAGGCCUGCAGGCCCGCAAUAACGCCCGUGUCGUCUUCAGCGGCUCCCUGGAUUUCUUCAGCGACGCCUUCUUCAACUCGGCUGUGCAGAAAGCAACCCCUGGCUCCAAGAAGUACCCCAAAACGGGGAAUUACGAGCUGGCGCUGGCCUUGUCCCGCUGGGUGUUCAAGGAGGAAGGCGUUCUGCGUGUGGGCGAGGUGUCUCACCAUCGCGUAGGGGAGACGGCACCGCCGAGCGCGUACACCGUCACCGACCUAGUGGAGUACAGCGUUGUAAUUGAAAAGCUCUCGGAUGGGAAGUGGGUCCCCUUUGAUGGAGAUGAUAUCCAGCUCGAGUUUGUCCGCAUUGACCCAUUUGUGAGGACUUUUCUCAAGCGGAAUGGAGGGAAGUACAGUGUCCAGUUCAAGCUGCCAGACGUCUACGGCGUGUUCCAGUUCAAAGUGGAUUACAACCGGCUGGGCUACACCCACCUGUACUCCUCUACGCAGGUGUCCGUGCGUCCCCUGCAGCACACGCAGUACGAGCGCUUCAUUCCCUCGGCGUACCCCUACUAUGCCAGCGCCUUCUCCAUGAUGGUCGGCCUCUUCCUGUUCAGCGUCGUCUUCCUGCACAUGAAAGAGAAGGAGAAGUCUGACUGACCAUCUGCCAAGAGCCGGGGCCAAGAACGGGGGCCCCCUCGUCCAGGGCACGAGCCCCGAGCCGUAUUGGGGUGCGGAAACUCCCGGGGACUGGCGUCCUCGGGAUCUCGAGACCAAAAGCGGGUAUUUGAGGUUGUGGGCAGAAGAUACCUCAAGGAAAGUGAUCGGCUCCUCCAUGAACUCUGUGGAACGCAUGUGCCCCGUCAACAUUUCCCAAGCAUUUUUGCCACCAGGGUCUUUGUUUCCAGAUCGCUGUUUUCCUAAAUAAAGAGGCAAUUCUCUCCUCCCUC